UAUUCUUAAAUAGAUACUAAAAUGUUUAUGGUUACGUUAUUAUAAUUAAUAGUUAAAACACUACAUUUUAAGCUUCUUUCAAAAAACUACUGUUUUAUUUCUAAUUAAAUAAAGUUACUCCAAAAAUAACUUAAUAUUGUAAGUUAAAAGUGAUGUUUUUAUACUAACGAUAUUAGCUUCGAUUUUAAAUUAAUUUUAGUUUUACAAAUUUUAUCACUCAUUACAAAUAAAUCUAAAUGCUGAUUAUCUCCUGAUUAAUUGUACUUAAAAUGGACCGGUUUGAAUAUUCUAAGCCUGAUAAUAAUGACACCAUAAUUUGUCAACAUUCAAAUGUCACAUUAUAUAAUGCUGAUUACAAAACUUCUUUUCAUCGUGGAGAAAUUAUUUUAACUAGUACUCAACUGUAUUGGACAAAAGGAGACGUAUCUCUCUCACUUCAGCUACGAUAUAUUGUAUUUAUUGAAGCUGUUGUUACUGAAACCUUAUUUGGUUCUAAAACUAAAAUAAUACUAAUUCACUUAUUACCACCAGAUAACCAAAUUAAUGGUCUAGAAGCAAAUGCUAGUUGUGUAGGUGAGUAUAUUAAACUAGAUUUUAAAGAUAAAAUACCAGAUGGAUUUUUGGAUUUGUUUCAAACAACUGUCAGAGAGAAAAAGUGGUGUGUAACAAAUAUGUCUCGCCAAAUCAGAACAGGAAUCGGAGGAAUUGAAAGAAAAAUUUAUGAAAAACAAAAAGCAUCAGAUGUUAGUAUAACAGAAGCAUUUAAAGAUUUAGAUAGAUUAAUGGUAACAGCAAAAGAUAUGGUAAUGUUGAGUAGAAAUAUAUCUGAAAGAAUUAAAGAAAAGCAAGGAGUUAUUAGUGAUGAUGAAACUGUACGUUUUAAAGCUUAUCUUCUCGGUCUUGGAGUUGAUGAUCCAGUCACUAGAUCAUCAUUUACUGACUCCAACAUAUAUUACAAUACUUUGUGUAAAGAAAUAUCUAAAAUUAUUCAUGUUACAUUAGAAGAGGUAGGUGGUACGAUGACGCUCCCUGAAGUUUAUUGUCGUGUCAACAGAGCUAGAGGAUUAGAUCUAUUAUCACCAGAAGAUUUAAUGGCAGCGUGUUCUUUAAUGAACAAUGAUAAAACACUUCCAGUAAAAUUAAAACAAUUUGACAGUGGUGUUUUAGCUUUACAGUCAUCAUCUUGUAAUGAAAAUAUUGUAUUAGAAAAAACUGUAGAAGCUAUUAAAAAAAAUGGUUCAUUAAGUGCACAAGAAUUAUCUACAUCAAUUGGACUACCUGUUAUCCUAGCCAAAGAAUACUUGUUGAACACUGAAAAGAAUGGAAAAUCAUGCAGAGAUGAAAGCAUUGAAGGGUUAAGAUUUUAUCUCAAUAAAUUUACAGAAAAUUAUGUUUAAUAUGUUAGUUAUUCUACAUUUGUGAUUUGUACAUAACAGUUAAGUAUCUUUAAAUAAAAAUGUAUGUAGUUCCCAAAAAAAAAUGUUUUU